AUGAUCGAACCGCCCCGACCCGUUAUCCCAUCCAACAUUACCCGCCGGCAGCUUGCAUUCAACGACCCCAGACCCAGGUUCGGUGAGGUGUAUCCCGAGUCCGCGUCUCCCGCUCCGGCAUGUCACUACAUCCGUCUCAAUCACAUGCUCCGUAAAUGCCAGUUUCGCCGUCUCGGCCGACAGCAGGAGAUAGCCGCCUACCGUACAUUUGCCGCCGAGCGAGAAGCAGGAGAGGAUCUUGACGAAUGCUCUAGCGUUUGUGUGGCUGUUGACGGAGGCUAA